AUGGAGCCAGUCGGACUCGCUGUCGGCCUUGUCGGCCUUUUCAGCACCUGUAUGGACGUUAUGCAGCGGGUUGACUCGUACAGAACAGCUGGUCGCGACUCGCGACAGCUCGACGCUCAACUCAAUGCGACCAUGCAUCUCUUCGAGCGAUGGGGUGACGGUGUCGGCAUCAGUAAGGGCAAGCUCUCGGACAACCAUCAUCCAGAUCUUGAUAACCCACGCACGUAUGCAGUCAUCAAAGGUCUACUGAAUAGCAUCAAGGAUUUCUCAGCAACCUCGAAUGAUCCUCCAAGUCCGGGGGGGCUUCAGAAGACUACAUCAUUCCCAACCUCGGGAGACAUAACUUCACAUGUGCCCAAGAUCUCAAAGUGGCAGAAGACAGCAUGGGCGCUGCACGGAAAGCUGAAACAGACAAGCCAUGUCCAAGCACUUGCGGGUCUCGUGUCAGAUCUCUAUAGUGUUGUUCCCCCCAACACCAAGGCCUCAAUUGCCUUGACGCGAAGCCCAAGCCUCAAGGACUUAUCUAUCAGCACAACCCCGCAGCCAUAUGCUGAGGAGAUUCGAGAACUACUACAAAAGAUCGAGGAGGAGAUGGAAGAUGAUAAAAUACGCGAUUUGCAUUUAUGGCUUGGGGCCCCGCCACCAAGCGAUGUGUUCAGUGACUCAAAUGAUAAGCGCGUUGAAGAAACAUGUGAAUGGAUUCUCCAUCGCGAUGAGUUUCUAGAGUGGCAGAAGCCCUCCUCCUCAAGCAAACUACUCUGGAUCAGAGGCCCAGCUGGGUUCGGGAAAACGGUCCUUUGCGCCAGAAUUGUUCAAGAGUUUGAAAGGACAGCACAGGAGCCCGUCGCGUUCUUCUUCUUAUCGUCAAGAUACGAUGGCCACGACGAUCCUUUCUCAGCCAUCCGAGCAUGGCUGACUAUGAUGAUACAACGCAGCCCGGGGGCUCGAGACAUCGUGAAAAAGACCCGGCAAACACAGCACGAGCCACUGGCGAGCCAGGCAACCAUACUACAAGCUUUUCGCGAGGUUAUGGUAGGCGUUCCGGGCUGCAUUCUUAUUAUGGAUGGUUUGGAUGAGUGCGCAGGCAUGUCAAGUGCAGAUACAAAAUCUGUCCCGUGUUUCCUCCAGGAAUUACACAAAGCUACUUCCAACACUGAAACCAAGAUUCUCAUCUCAAGUCGUGGCGAUCCCCUUAUCCAACAAGGUCUUUCAGACUUCACUGGAUGCAGUGAAUACACCAUCACUCCAGACGACGUUGGCCCAGACCUAAUGGCAUAUUCAUCUGAACUUGUCAAAGCAAAGUUACCAAACAAGGACGAACCAACACGAGAGUCGAUUGCACGAAAGAUGGCAUACAGAAGCAACGGUCAGUUCCAGUGGGUUAAGCUCCAAGAAGGAUCUCUGAGAAAGGGACGGAGCAGAAAGCAACUCGAACGAGAGAUUGAUGAGACUCCGUCUGGUCUUGACAGUCUCUACGACCGGGAAUGGACCAGAAUCAACUCGAUGGCGGACUCAGAUAAAGAUCGAGCUCUUUCAUUGCUACGAUGGACUGCGUUCGCAUUCAGACCGUUGACAGUGUUCGAGAUUACGGAAGCCGUCCUCAUAACAGAUGACAUAGAUGAGUUGCCUCUGGAUGAGAUGCCAGAUUGUGUCGAUCAGGACUAUGUCGAUAGUAUGAUCCUGGAGCUUUGCGGAUCACUGAUUGAAGUCCGGCGCGUCUCAUCGUCUGAGAGUACCAAAAGCCCCGAACGUAUCCAUGUAUCAGAAGAGUAUUCUGUUGGCUUACAAGAGGUUCACUUGUCACACUUCUCUGUCAAAGAAUACCUCCUCCUCAAGACCUUUCCCGGCACCAAUACGUUGCUCUCAAAUGAGAAACUUCGCGUUACUAACGAAGAUCUCCACAACAGUACUCUUGCAAAACAUUGUCUUCGUUUCAUAAACUUGCGGGGAGCUUUUGAAAGCGUAAAGAUGAACAACAAUGGAAGAUCAGGAAAACACUUCGUGUUCUAUGCUAUGCAUUACGGGUUUCAUCAUUGCCGAGACGUCAAGAGUAUUGAUCCGGAGUUACAACAGGCAGGCAUUGCUCUUCUCAAUAGUCGAAACCAGAACUGGCCCUUUGUGAAAGAGUUCAUGAAGACCGAGCUGAUAGGUGAUGAUGACCCUGAUUUUCAAGACAGUUCAAUAAGCCCAUUUGUACUUGCAGUCUUCGGUGGACUCACAGACGCUAUGGCGCACCUCAUACGAGAAGGGAGCCUAGACAUGAAUGAUCGUUCAUUUGGCAAUUCGACUCCGUUGUUCUUGGCUUGCGCUUCCAGUCGUAAGGACAUUGUUGAAUUGCUCAUCGACAAUGGUGCAGACAUCAAUGUAAGAUGCUACGAAGGCCAGACCGCUCUACAUGUUAGCGCAGACAAUGGGGAUGAUGGAGCGAUAGGACUCCUUCUAUCAAAAGGCGCUGACGUCUCAGUGGUCGAUGAUGAUGGAAGAACAGCAUUCGAUGUAGCUUUGGCAGCUGGCAAUACCGAGGCAGCCCGACUACUUGUAGAUGGGGGAGCUGAUAUUCACAAAGAGACGGCAGAUGGGGACACCCCACUUUCUAUGGCUUCAUGCUACGGAAACGUCGACUUGGUCAAAAUUCUCAUUGAGAGAGGUGCUGAUGUAAACCAGGUAGUGCUAAACGGAAAGUCAUCUCUUCUGCACGCUGUCGAAAACGACCACUCGGAAAUCGUCGGAUUACUUAUAGAUAAAGGUGCAAAGCCCACUAGUGUUAGAGUGGAUGGCCGCAUCUUCUCAUUACUCGAUGUAGCCGCUGGUCACGGGCAUGUCAACACAUUUAAAGCUCUUGUCAGCAAGGGUGCCGCACUAACAAACCCUCAACCAUUGUUUCUAGCUACAACUUAUGGUCAUUACCAUGGAUUCAUACAAGGAUUUUACGGCGAAUUUUAUCUCACAUCAUCUUACUUCCCUUAUUCAAGCUAUCAUAAGAUACUGGAACUGCUGCUUCAAAGCGGUACCCAGGUAAACACCUGCGACGAAGACGGAGAUUCGCCACUCUAUGUGGCUUCAUUUAUCGGCUUGACAGACAUAGUGGAGAUUCUAAUCAAGAAUGGUGCUGACGUGGAUAUUAAAUCAGCUUCUGGAGAAACGCCACUUCAUUGUUGUUCAAGGAUGGGGCAUCUUGCGGUAACGCAGCUUCUUCUCCAAAAUGGAGCUGAUAUCGCCUCUAAAGACAAUUUUGGUCGAACAACUUUGCAUAAUGCCUGCAAGUCGGGAAAUAUGGAUAUCGCCAGACUUAUUACAGACACAAUGGGGCCGAUCGAUGAGCCUGACCUCUGGGGUUCGACGCCUUUGUCCAUCGCAGCAAGAUUUGGCCGCGUUGAGAUCGUUAGGUGGCUUAUCGGCGCGUGUGCUGUAGAUGUCAAGUCGAGGGAUAAGUUCGCUAAAAACAUGAAGCUAAUUUCAUCCCUUCUAACCACUUUGCUUGCCGGUAGCAUGGUGAGCGCCAAGUACACCACCGAAAUCCCCGACGACGCGGUCUGGGUCACCAGCUGGGACGAGUUGCAUGCUGCCCCUCGAUUUGGAGGAGUUCUCCUCCCCAAGUACGGCGGCUUCGUCAUUGAAGUUGAUGAGAAAAUUGUCUUGGCUACGGAUGAACAGAUGAGUAAAGAGGUGCUCGACUUGCUCACACAUUUGGAGGAAAACGACCCGCAGCCUGAGGGCGAGCAGACUACUCCCAACAAGAGAGAUAUGGAAGUCCGAGGUUAUGGAAAUAGAUGUUCUCAUCCUCCUUGCUUUGGUCCGGGACUUUGCUCUCAGUACUCUCAUUGCCAUUCCAUGUCUCAACCCAACACCGAGGUUCACGAAUCAACCAAUACUGAAGCAACAUGCUGCAGUAGCGAAGAUGGCAUCGCCUACAAAGACCUCUCACCCGAUCAAAAAGAAAUAAGCGACAUUCUACGCAACAUGGAUCGCGAUCCUGAUCUACUGGGUCUCGCAGACCUCGGCAAAGACGGAGUUUUCCGCUUCCUCGACGCUGAUCGUAACAUUCACUACGCCGUUCCUCUGCGACCUGCACUCAUCAAAGCCCUCAUUGAUCGUCUCCCUUAUGACCCAGAAGUCGAGAAGUUCUGGCGGGGAGUCGAUGGGACACAAGUGCUUGAAGAGCAGUGGUAUAAUCCGCCAGAAGGGAUAUUACCUCCGCCGUUGACAGAAGAGGAGAGAAAGGAGGAACGGGAGAUUAUGGAGAAGAACAGAGACAAGAUUGAUAAGAUUCAGGAGGAUCUAAGGAAUGGAAUCCAUCGCGAACGGCUUGUGUUUAUAGAAUCGGAUAAUAAGCUUGAGUAG